CCAGUACUUGCUGUUACAAACAAAUAAACUAGCUACAAACAAAUGGAGGCGGCAAGUACUUGCUGUUCCUAUCCCAUCUAUGGAGGCCAAGCAAGUCCUAGCAUCUAUGGGAGCCCAAGCAGUACAAGCAGAGAGGAGGGGACGGGAGCUAUACCUGAGGCCGACGACGAAUCCGGCAGGGAGGUGGACGAAUCCGGCAGGGCUGUGGACGAAUCCGGCAGGGAGGUGGACGAAUCCGGCAGGGCUGUGGACGAAUCCGGCAGGGAGGUGGACGAAUCCGGCAGGGAGGAGGGAGCAGCGGCGAGCUAGCACGGCGGGGAUCCCUCCGCGGCGGACGACGAGGCCGGGAGAAGCAGAGAGGAGGGGACGGGAGGCCGGCGGCGGAGUUCGUGCUGUCGGCGACGGGAGGACUGCGUGCCACUUCGAGGACGGCGGGGAUGGGAGGAUGGCGACGGAGGGAGAAGGUCUUCGCGGCCAGGAGGUGCGCCGCUCGCCGGCGGGAGGAGUAGACGAGGCGGCGGCGGGAGGAGGAACCCUAGGAGGAUGCGUCGGGCGCGUGGUGUUCGUGGAAGGGACUGGUGGGGUGGAGGCAGGGAGCGGUGGGAAAAAUUCGAGUGGCAUUCGGUUGUAAUUUCCUUAGAACGAAAUGUCCCUUAUACAAAACGGUUCGGAUCACUUUGCGGGAAGCGAAGGAAAGCCACGGAAAGCACGUCUCGGGGUGCUUUCUCUCCUACGUGCAAUGGAGAGGCCGGCUUUGUCAAAGCCAAUAGCUAAGCUAGGCUGUUUGGUGAGCUUUGUUGGCUUUUUUUCGUGGAAAGCCACCAAAAGCUGAAACAAA